CUUUUUCGCAUCUGGCUGCGGCGAGCAAGGACAUGAGACUCCUCGUCCUUGCUGUGGUUCUCGUCGGGGUGAAUGCCGCCAUCGGGGUGGAUGCCGCCGACGGGGUGGAUGCCGCCGUCGGGGUGGAUGCCGCCGCCGACGAGGUUCAUCCUGACGUCCUCAGAGAGAUUCAUCACUGGGCAUCCGGCAAGUCCGACGGCCGCAUCGCGGAAGGACGCGAGCGCGACGCGGCGAUGAAGGAGGCUGAGGCCCCAGGGCGGGCAUCCUCUCUGAGCAGCGACGUCUUCCACUUCGUGGGGGGGACCAUCGGGGACGUCGUGGACGUCCUGACCGCCACCCGCCUGUCGUCCGCCGGCGCAAGGGUAAGAGCUGGCAGCAACCAGAAGAACUCAAGAGGAAGCACUCGAGACUUCGCAGAUGCCACGCAGCACGAAAAAUUCAAUCAUCCCUUCGACCCCACAGAGUCGGUGUACGAUUACAUCGAGCGUGAAUCGAAGAAGCAAAAUACGAACACCCUCAAUGUUACGAACGCCAUCAGUUCGUCCAAGAACUCAAGAACUAAGUCCAAGAACCCAAUCCAACGAUCACCGCGAAACCCAAAAUGGAGCGUCCAGCGGUCACUCGACGACGCAUCCCCGUCGGAACCCCCUCUGCCUCAGCAAGAUUCUCCUUAUCCAGCAAGAAAGAAUCCAAAAAAAGAAAUCCAAUCACAAGAGCGAGACGCCGAGCCUCCACGACUAUAG